AUGAAUGAGACGACGAUUGUGGAGAUAAACGCAACGGAAUUUGAUUUAAGCCAAUAUAUGGGACCCGUGAGAGACCCGUUGACAACAGUCAUACCGAUGACGAUAGUGUAUGCGUUGAUUUUGUUGACGGGUGUUGUGGGCAAUGUGUGCACUUGUGUUGUGAUCGCGAACAACAAGUAUAUGCACACCGCCACCAAUUACUAUCUCUUCAGUCUUGCCAUCUCUGACUUACUUCUGCUCAUUCUUGGACUUCCGCAAGAGUUGUAUCUCUUGUGGCAGAAAUAUCCGUAUGUUUUCGGCGAAAGUGUUUGUAUACUAAGAGGAUUCACGUCAGAGAUGUCGACAAAUGCAUCGAUUUUGACAAUAACUGCCUUCACUGUCGAGAGAUAUGUAGCGAUCUGUCACCCCUUGAAGGCGCAUACAAUGUCCCAACUACCUAGGGCAAUCAAAAGCAUAUUGAUCGUAUGGGCUUUGGGGGCCAUUUGCGCAAUUCCAGUGGCCUGGCAGUUUGGCAUUAUAUACGUGCCGUAUAGCGGUCGGCAACUCUACGAUUCCGCUCAAUGCACUGUCAAACAAGUCAUUUUCAAGUAUGGCUUUGAAAUCGCGACACUUGUGUUCUUCAUUAUCCCGAUUACUGUGAUAUCAGUUUUAUAUGUUUUAAUUGGUGUUCAUCUGCACCGAAGUUCGCGUCAGAUUAGGAGCGGUUCAAAGGAGUUGUCGGUCUCCGAGACCAACGCCGGCGUUGACUAUCAGAGACAUAACUCCACAUCCAGUGCUCAACACAAACAAAACGCUUCCAGACGUUCGGUCAUUAAAAUGUUG